UGAGGUUGUACUGGUUUUUCCUUAAUGAGUUAUGCACUCCUGUUGUGUUGCUUAAACUCAAGAAAAUUCUCCCAUGCACAUUCAAUUUACUGACCUCCUGUCCUGUUGCAAAGACUAUUUACGGGCAGGAGAGUGGGGAGGAAGUUGCACUCCCGUGGCAAGAUUUUUUGCAAUUCCUAGGCAAAAGAGUAAUCAUCACUGACCUACCCCAGUCAAGGUAGUUUCAUACCUUUACAGCAAACGCCCGGGGCAGGAACUCUCAGUCAAUAGGCAAAAUAGGAAUAACCUUCAACCUACCCCAAUCCAUCAUUAGAGAACCAGACAACAACCUUUUUAAAGCGCCGUAGAAAUGAUACGAUGCAGUACAGCAAUAGCGGGAUGUCCGCUUCGCCUCUUAUUCUUCCUAAAGGGCUUCUGAGCAGACGCGGAAAACUACAGAACCCAAACCCGCAGUCAGCCUCACCAAGACCUUUCCAGUUCGACGGAGGUGCAGCCAGAACGCGUACUGGCCACACCUCCCAGUUUGCAUUGCGUCGGGGGAUUGGAUUGGUUCUAAGCACGGCAUGUGCCCAUUCGACUGCCCGGCUUCCCGGCAGGCUGGGAGUUGUAGUAUUCGGGAGCAAAAGGCGGGCUGAUUUGUAGGCGUCGGCGUGAGACAAGGCAGCAUCGCAGUAGGUGGAACUCGGCUGGCAACAGGUGCCUGGGCCGCUCGGAAUGGACAAGUUGAAGCGGGUUCUAAGCGGGCGGGACGCGGAGGACCCAGGGCCCCUGGCUGAGGUGGUUGAUGCAACUUCCUUAAGCUGGGGCACAAGAAUAAAAGGCUUCAUAGCUUGUUUUGCUUUGGGUGUUCUGUCCUCUAUUCUGGGCUCCUGUUUGUUAUGGGUUCCCAGGAAAGGACCAGUCUUGUUUGCAGUAUUUUACACACUGGGAAAUAUCUCAUCACUUGGAAGCACCAUCUUUCUUAUGGGACCUAUGAGACAAUUGAAAAGAAUGUUUGAACCCACUCGUUUGAUAGCUACCAUUAUUAUGCUUUUGUGUCUUAUAUUAACUCUAUGUUCAGCUUUCUGGUGGCACAAUAAGGGACUUGUCCUAAUCUUCUGCAUUUUGCAGUUCUUUGCUUUGGCAUGGUACAGCAUUUCCUACAUACCAUUUGCAAGGGAUGCUGUGAAGAAAUGUUUUGCUGUGUGCCUCACAUAACAAGCAAGCAAACAGCUUGGCCAUCAAGAUAAGUUCCAUCUCUACACACUGAAAUGUCACAUGGAGGACCAGAAGACCUGCACAACCAUAUGAAUUCUAUGUCUGCACACAUUAAUCUGGGAGCAUAGCUAUUAAACUUGUUAAGUAUGUGAUAAAACUACCAAAUGUUAUUCUCCCAGGGUUAAUGAAUUUUGUGAUAAGAAGCCCCAGGAUCAAUUACAGAUAUCAUUCACUAGCUAAUUGAUUGUGUUACUUCAGCACAAAGUUGUCUAGUCCAGAUUUUGUAGUUUUGUAACUGAAAUGGCUGUUUUGGUAAACCUACAGUACAUAGGAUUUGAAACUAUUGCCUCCUAUUUACACAUUUUUUACUUUCGGGGUCCAAGAACUGCCUACACACUGAAUACUACAACUACCUAGAUAAAAAUGGUGUAUUUUCUGGGGCUUUGUAUAAAGUUAGUUUUGUGUCUUAUUUUCUAGAAUUCAGUGGUUAGUUUUCAGACUACUUUGUUUUGACAACUGUUAUAAUUACAGAAGGGGAAAUGCUGCUUAGUUAAUGUCUCCAAAAAGAACAAGUACGAUUCCUUAUAACUACACAUUAAUAGUGAAUCAUUGUCUGGACAGCAUUAGAAGCAAUGAGAAUGUUCAAGUGGGAGUCUUAAAAGCAAACAAACAACCAUUCAUUUCUGCUAGAAGUUUGCAACGUUCCAUUUCUGGCCACUUAAUGUAGUAUAAAAAGCCUGGAUCUGAAACAAUGUGAAAACCUCUGCCUUAGUGCUAAUGUUCCCUCAUGAAUCAUUUCUCUUCUCUUGCUGCUGGAGUUUUAUUACAAUCCCCCCCACCACACACACACACACACACAUUCACUUUUACGGUUGAUGAGAUAUAACUGCAUACAUAUCAAAUGUAGACUAUCAUCUAUGUAUUGAGAGGAUCAUGCUGUAUUUUUAAAGUUUAAUUUUCCCCAAAUUACCUUACUUGCAUUUGAUUUUUUUUAAUCAUUUUGGUUGCCUUACGCUUGUUGCUCAUUGGAGGGAUUUGUAUUGUCUUCUCAUAUUUGGUUUCCCAACUAUGUCAUGUAAUGAUUUGAGAAGACCCUUGGAAAUUGGAUCUUUAAUGUCAUAUUAACUGAUUUUAUCUCUGUAUAAUAAGGAAUGAAGUGUGUGUGCAUCCACACUAAGAAACUUAUUUGAGUGUACUUGAGUAACUAGUCGCUUGAUUCUAUUUUAAUACCUGUCUUAAAACUAUUUUUGGAGCACUUUGUAAAAUUGCCAAGUGACCGAAGAAAAGGACCACUAAUCAACCUGUCUGCUGUAGUUGCUUGUAGAACUACACUCUUCAUGUAUUAUAUCUCUUGUUCUGCAUCACUUGUGAUUUAGAAGAGACCAAUACAGUGUUCCAGAACACAGAAGUUUCCCUAACAGCUCAGGAGUACCAAGAUUAUACUUACUUUUUUGUACACUGGUCCCAAGGUUUGUAUCUUAAUAAUUGGCUAACAGCAGGUUUUUCAUUAGAUAUUUAUAAACUUGCACUUUUGAAAACUAAUUUAUAUUGUGCCAUUCACUAAGCAAGUAGAUUUCAAAAUUUACAAAAUUAGGCAUGCAUUUUUUAAAAGGACAGGAACACAGUGGCUAUGAUAUCAUGAAGUUAUAAAAAGUUAAUGAAAUGUUGGUUGCAAUUCUCAGCUACUUCAUGAGAAGCAAUUGGAAAGCUGAAGUUUAUCAGUUAUAUAUGUGCUGAAUAUAAAUAAAAAGAGCCAGGAAAAUUAAGAACUUUAAUUGAUAUUAAAGUUAGGGGCCCACUGUUAAAAAUAAGUAGAGUACCCUACCACUUUAAUCUCUGUUCCUUGUAUGCAUAUUUCCUCAUAUGCUAUUACCGUCAAGAUUAUUACCAUUAUGAGUAGUUCCAUAUUAGAGUUUCCACUGGUGCACAUGAUUGUUUUAAAUUCAGAGCAUAUAUAUGUAGCAAUUGGCAGGUCCUUAGCAUUCACAUAUGAACUGGUAUGGUACCACUUUGUAUCUUUAACAAGAGUUCUAUUUUUCUUAAGUGGAAUGGCUGACCUAAGAUCUCAAUUUUAGAGUCUAGAAGUAUAGAUAUCAAAGUGGUUACUGUAUGCACUAUCUUAGAGUUGUCAGUCAGCCCACAAGAAGGCUAUUGUGACACAGAAGAUGAGGUUUCAUCUGGUGUGAUAAGCUCAUCACUUCCUUAAAAGCAUAGCAGUUGUUAUAUUGUAGAAGUAUUUUUCAAGUGAAAUGUUGUAGAAAGGACCAGUGCAAUGUGUCAUAAUCAUACACCUUUCUCAUACUAGUUGGAGGUUUCUUCAACAUGAAAGGCUACAGUUUAAGUAUAAACUUGAGGUAUUUUUUCUGAAGAGAGAAGUACCUAAAUCAUGAAAAGUCUGUUUUAAAAUACCAGUCCAGAUCAGUUUGCCUUUUAAGCUUACCAUCUUGCCUUUUAAGCUUAAGACAACAGUUUCUUCAGAGAGUUUAAAGCAAUUUAAAGAAGGAUUGCUGAUAACACAAUUUCUUCUACUAGCAAAAUGGCACUUGACUAAGUGUUAUUGACAUGUAUGCAUGAAUUUCAUGCUUACCUUGAAUUGAAGCUCUCUGGAGUUGUCUCCAGCCUCACUUACUGAUGCUGCGUAAAAUUGAAUAGUAACAACUGUUUUUAAAAAGGCCAUCAAGUGCUGUGCUUAGUAUAUUGCUUCAGCUUUACAAAUCGUUGAAAGAACCAUUAACAGUCUUGUUUAGCUUCCUUCUCUAGCAAUAUGUCCAUCUCAGGAAGAGAAACGGAGUUCUUUUCACAAAGUGCUUAGGCUUUGGUUAAUUAGCAUACUUGUUUACAAAAGCUAGAGAAUCAGUAGUUCAGCCUUGUAUAUUUAGCAUAUUAAAGCAUAUAAGCCAGCAAUUUGUUUCCUCUAAAACUGUAUCUUUUAAAAUAUAUAAAUUCUUAAAAAUAUACUUCAGAUAUUAACAUAGAUGCUUUCUAGCAGUAAUUUUUCUACCUAAAAUUUGCCUUCAACUUAAAUGAAUUUCAGAUUUUGACUUUUAAUUUUAAAAAAUAUGCACAAUUUUGUUAAUGAUAUUGGGUGCCUCUAAAAGCAUUUUAGAAUUAUGAAAGGAUUUAUUUUAUACCUCCCUGGUGCUGUGCUAAAUGUGCAUUAAGGGAACAAGGCAGGGUUGUUGAGAUAUUAAAUAGUUGCAUGCCCUAAUUUUCUAAAGACUUUAAAAAUCUCUGAAAAUUAAAUCACAUUUUGGCUGUUGACCAGCCUGUUGGUUUUUGGGGAAUAGGCAUUUUUGUACAUUAUGAAAAGGGAUCAGUCCAGCUCUUUUCUGAUUUUCUUGCCCUCUGUUUACAUUUUCAUUUAUUCAAGGCAAUGCAGUUUGUUACUCUAUUCUUAUCAUGUAAUAAACUUCAGUAAUAAACCCAGUUUUUGAUUUGACAAGAUUUUAUCUUCAAGAUGUCUUUUUUUAAUGCAAAAGAAAUGCCUAUAAAAUGUAACACGAUUAUAUAAAGAGGAACUUUUGUAAUAUGUUUAAUUUUUCACCUUGAAUUAACGUUCCAUUUUGUACACUUGUUGGCUAUUGUACCAUCUAUAUGCUGAGUUACUUUCUGUCUUGGGAACAGUAUCUCUUUGAAUGAGCUCUUACACUUCACUAUUUCUUCUGUAAUAAAGCUGGUUUGUCAACACAA